AUGGGCUUCCAAAAUUUGUGGUUCUCUCACCCACGCAAGUUCGGACCAGGAUCCCGCUCCUGCCGCGUCUGCGCUGGACACCACGGACUCAUCCGCAAGUACGGCCUCGACCUCUGCCGUCGAUGCUUCCGCGAGCAGGCCAAGGACAUCGGAUUCAAGAAGGUAAAUUUGAAAGAUGGAAAUCUUGCGAAUUCUCGAAGAAUCACAUCACAACCGAAGAUUUCACUACCCGUAUGCAAGUGUCCAUUACGCGGAGGCUUGUGCCUCAUGACGUUUAGUUUAGCUUGCGAGAUGAAACUGACAUCUCGAAGACAGGCGCAUCGUUCUUGUAGAGCUCCUGUUCAAGAUUGGCAGACAAUCCCUAGUAUCCCCAUCUAA